GCAAUAGACGCGCACUUCACCAACGUGAGCUUUCAUUGGGUACCUGUUCAAUGUUAUACCGCUGGUGUUGGUGUGGUUGACAGUUUUUCGGGAAGUGCGUUUUUCCAAGCGGACGAACACAUGAGCCAAAACCAAGGAGUACGGAGAACGUUUUCGUCUCGAUCGAAUUCGAACGCUGGCGGACAAGACAGCAAUCUUUUAGCAAAGACGGACGCUGUGGACGAAGGGCAUCUAUCCAAAGGAUUUUCGGCAGCCUCGACACUCUCGGCACGAAACAAUAGUGUGAAUAUGCCUCUCCCAACCUUGCCGGCCUUAGCCGACAGCUUUGAACCGGCUCAAUGCGACGGAAAGAACCCUGCCACUUCGCAGAUAACAGGACGAGCCGGUCCCUCGUGGUUUGUCAUUCAAGUAACUUUAUUGGCCAGUUUGGGUGGUAUACUCUUUGGAUACGAUUUGGGUGUUAUAUCUGGAGCCCUUCCACAAUUGACAUCCUACUUUGACCUACAAAGCGCGCAACAAGAAAUCGUAGUUUCCGUCUUGUACGUUGGUGGAGGAUUCGGCGCCGCCUUGGGAGGAGCUCUCUGCGAUACCUACGGACGCAAAAGUACUAUUCUUGUCACGGAUGUAUUGUUCCUGUUGGGGGCAAUAAUACUGUACGCGGCAGCCUCGUACGGGAUGAUAAUUUGUGGGAGAAUUGUUGUGGGAUUCGCCAUUGCUGUCUCAGGGAUUGCCGAUGUUUCGUACCUUCAUGAAAUUGCACCAAUACAGUACCGUGGCUCGAUUGUUUCCGUUAACGAAGCUUGCAUUGCACUGGGGUUCUUACUUGCAUUUGGUGUCGGUGGAUGGAUGUCUCGAGAGGAAACCAAUAACGAGGGAUGGCGAGGUAUGUUUGGGAUAAGUGGUGUGGUUGCCUUUAUCCAGCUCAUCGGAAUGUGGACCAUGCCGGAAUCGCCCACAUGGCUAAAGGAUCGGGGAUUACAUCGAGAAAGUGAGGCAGUGUUGCGGCGCAUUUAUCCGGAACCAUUUGUUUCCAAUUUCGUCCAUAGUGACGCCAAUUCUGCAUUCGCCGUGACUUCCAUGCAUACCUACCGAAGGCAAGUCUACAUUGCCCUUUUCUUAGCAGUCUGUCAACAGCUAUGUGGCCAAACGAACGUGCUUAGCUAUGCACCCUUGAUCUUCGCUGGAGGAAACGCAUCGAAAAGCGGAGAUUUCGUCCGAGGAUGGGCGACCCUUUCGAUAGGCAUCGUCAAAUUUGCCGUUUCGUGUGUAGUCAUCUGGAAAGUUGAUGCGCUGGGACGACGACAUUUACUACUAGCUGGAUUGGGAGUGGUCGCAGUGGGUUUGCUUUUCUUGAGCGGCGAUGAGCCGACCACUACCUUGAUUGACGAAGGCGACCGUGCCUUCUCACUCGCCUUACCAGGCGUAUUGCUUGUUGUAACAGGAUAUUCCAUGUCCUUUGGGCCGCUCACAUGGCUGCUAACAUCGGAACUAUUUCCGACCGAUAUUCGAGGACGAGCUUUAGGAGCAAGUACGAUCAUCACUUACUUUUGUGCAUGGGUCGUGACGAGCACUUUUUUAUCCGCGCAAGAAUGGCUGGGUGCUAGCACCGUCUUCACGAUGUAUUUUCUCGUUACAGUGGCAGGAUUCCUCUUUGCGAUAAAGGCAAUUCCGGAUACCGGCGAGAAAAGCACCAGAGAGAUCGAUGACAGUUUGGAUCAAAUGGCGUGGUGGCGUCCGCGGAGAAAUGACGUCUCGCGCACUC